UGCAUCUUAUGGGGAAGCAGGGUGGUGGUCCCCCCCCUGCUGCAGAAGCGAGUUCUGGAGUCACUUCACGAGAGCCACCCCGGCAUAGUCUGGAUGAAGGCUCUAGCCAGGAGCUACGUCUGGUGGCCGGGGAUGGAUGAGGAGAUCGAGAACUGGGUGCGGAGGUGCAGCGUAUGUCAGGAGUCACGCCCCGAGCCACCAAGCGCCCCGGUCACACGGUGGGAAACCACUAGGAAGCCUUGGUCCAGGCUCCACUUAGACUUCGCGGGGCCCUUCCAGGGACAGAUCUUUCUGAUCAUGGUGGACGCCUACACCAAAUGGCUGGAGGUCAUUCCAGUAGCAUCCACUUCAUCAGCAGCCGCAAUACGGGCACUGCGCCGGGCCCUUAGCACCCACGGUAUUCCGGACACUAUUGUCACAGACAACGGGGCGGCUUUCACCUCUGGGGAAUUUCAGGCAUUCCUGCAGAGGUACCUGAUUAGGCACAUAAGGUCUGCCCCGUUCCACCCGGCCACCAACGGACAGGCAGAGCGAAUGGUCCGAACGACCAAGGAAGCCCUGGGCCGGAUAGUGCAGGGCGACUGGGACCGCAGACUAGCUGCCUUCCUGUUUGACAACAGGGUAACCCCCAACCCGGUCACGGGAGUAAGCCCGGCAGAGCUACUCAUGGGGCGCAAACUCAUCACGAGGCUCGACAGGCUACACCCCGACCGAGCCUCGGACAUCCAAGGGUCCCCGGAGGUCCAGGAGGCAGCCCAAGGGUUCUUCGCGGGGGACCCCGUGUUCGCACGAAACUACGCCCAGGGACCCAUGUGGGUGGCGGGUCGGGUGCGGCAGGUAAUCGGGACCCGCCAUUACGAGGUAUCCACAGAGGGGGACCAGACCCUUCGGCAGCACACCGACCAGCUGCGCCGCCGCACCCUACCGGAAGUGCCAACCGAUGUGGAGGAGGCAGUGCCCGGAGGAGAGCCGGCUAGGGGUCUGCCAGAGGCCACAGCGCCAGCACCGACCCUGCCCACCAGCAAACUCCCCAGACCAGCAGAGGCCGAGCGACCCACAGAGAUCGACCAGCAACCCACAGCAGCCUCGGCCCCCGGAGAGACUCCUGCUGCCGAAGCAGCGCCGACACCACAAUCCAGCUUCCACCCCGGUCAUGGGAUGGAGACAGCUUUGGUCACACUCAUGGAUGAGCUCUGUAGAAAGCUGAAUCGAGGUGGGUCAGCUCUGCUGUUACUGCUAGGUCUUACAGCAGAGUUCAACAUGGUCAAUCAUGAUCUUCUGACUCACCACCUUGCCACCACAGGAGUUUGUGGGGUAGUCUCCAAGGUCAAGGGCAAAGAGUGA